GAAAAAAUGUUCAAACAACUCUUCACAACUUCAUUCAAAACUGCAGCUCCACAAAACUAUUUUUUAAAACAAUUCUGCACCACAAAUACCUAUCAAUAUAUUAUUGCUGAAAAGAAAGGACGUGUUGGUCUUGUUACAUUAAAUAGACCAAAAGCUUUAAAUGCACUUUCAGAUGGUUUAAUCAGUGAAGUUAAUAAUGCAGUUAAAGUCUUCCAAGAUGAUAAAGAUGUUGGUUCAAUUAUUAUUACUGGUAGUGAAAAAGCAUUUGCUGCUGGUGCCGAUAUUAAAGAAAUGGAAAAAGUUACUUAUUCCGAUGCUUACAAUAAAGAUUUAUUAGCUCAAUGGCACGAUCUCACUAAAACCCGUAAACCAAUUAUCGCUGCAGUUAAUGGUUAUGCUUUAGGUGGUGGUUGUGAACUUGCUAUGAUGUGUGAUAUGAUCAUUGCUGGUGAAAAGGCUGUAUUUGGACAACCAGAAAUUAAAUUAGGUACCAUUCCAGGUUGUGGUGGUACACAACGUUUAAUCAGAGCCAUUGGUAAAUCAAAAGCUAUGGAAAUGAUUUUAACUGGUAAUAAUAUGAAUGCUCAUGAUGCUGAAAAAGCUGGUUUAGUUUGCAAAGUCGUUCCACCAGAAGAACUUUUAUCAGAAGCCACCAAAAUUGCUGAAAAAAUUGCCUCAUACUCUCAAUUAACUGUUGCUAUGGCCAAAGAAGCUGUAAACUCUUCAUAUGAAUUAACCUUACAAGAAGGUAUUAGAUUUGAACGUAGACUUUUCCACUCUACUUUUGCUUCACAUGAUCAAAAAGAAGGUAUGAAUGCAUUUGUAGAAAAGAGAAACCCAACAUGGCACAAUAAAUAA